UUGGCAUGUCGACAGUUUAUCCUAUGAAGAUGUCAGGAGCCGGUAUCAUCAUCAUGACCGCUGUCUUAGUCUUCCUGGUCUGCCUCAUCAUCAUCUUAAAGAUCAUCCACCUGACUUGGACGCCGGGAGGGAAACGUAAGAAGAAGUCUUCAGGCUCUGAGGUUCCUUGGCUGAAGAGAAUGAGCAUGAGACUGUCCAGGAGGAAAAAAUCGCCCGAGGACAUUACGGACAACGACGCCACUGACCGCACGGUCUCUAUGACGCUCUCGGAGAAAGAGUCGGAGUCUACCCGCUCAGAAACCCCCACAGUCACGGCGAACAACAAUAAGAGGAUGUCGACUUGGUCUGUUGUGUCGCACGUUGGGAAGGUAGCUUUCGGGAAAAAGGGACACAAGGCGUCCAAGAAAGAAAAAAGGGCGACAAUCAAAGAAAAGCACGAAAGAAAGGAAUCAAAGAAGGAUAAGGGUAAGGAAAAGAGUGAAGCUAAAGAUUUAGACGAAGAAAAGGGAGAAAAGGAAGGAUCGAUGAAAGAAAAGAGGAGGGAAUCAAAGAAAGAAAAAAGUGAGAGGAGGGAGUCAAAGAAGGCAAAAAGUGAGAGAAAGUUGUCGAAGAAAAAGUCGAAGAAAGAUCGAAUGUCAUUGAGCAAACAUUUGAGUACUCUCCCCGGAGAGGUUCCUCCUAUCAUUGAACGAAAGUUUUCCAUUCCUUAGAUUCAUAUAAAGCUUGUUC